ACUACAUUUGGGCCCUGUGCUGACAGUAUGCAGAUCUUUGACUCCAGAUCAGGAGACUGUGAUAAAGAAAACUCCCAUUGAGCCUUCUGUCUAGAGAUAAAGGAAACCCUCUAGGAAUGAGGAGACCAGCCUGCCAAAAAGAUUCUCUACAACGUGUCAUUUGCACAUGGUUUAUACAAGGGGCAAUGAACUGCAACAGAGAUGCAUAAAAAGUUUCAUUUACAUUUCCUGGAUAUGAAAUAAGGAGGAGCUCUUGGCUAGUGUAACUCUAUCAGCGCUGCUACAGCAGAUGGCUUUGCAGUUGCAGUUAUCAUCAGCAAGAGAAACUUUUCCAUCUGGGAACCUGUUGCAACUUUUUAUUCGCUCCACUUCUGCUGUUUCGGUGCUUUGCAUGUAAUCACCAUGGCAGCAAAUCUAACAAGCAGACUUUUUGUACUUACCAAGCUACAGGGACCUGCAAGAAUUUGUGCCUGGAAAAGACUUGGGGCGAGAUACUGUGCCUCAUACCAGAAACAGAAGGUGCAAGCAUCUUACCACACUCCAGGACCCCAAUGGGAUGUCCAUUCGUAUAUGCCAGAAUCAACUGCCCUAUCGGGCGUACAGACCUUUCAAGAUCUCCUGCAAUUCUCACACGAAGACCCUGAGACAUUUUGGGGGGUUCUUGCAAGGGAGAGGCUAAUUUGGGUAAAGCCCCAUCAGACCGUUCAAGAUUGUGACUUCACCCAAGGUCGGGUAAGAUGGUUCCUUGGUGGACAGCUGAAUGUAUCCGUGAAUUGUCUAGACAAACAUGUCCAUCAAUGUCCAGAAAGAGUUGCACUAAUCUGGGAAAGAGAUGAACCAGGAACACAUGUAAAGGUCACAUACAGGGAGCUCCUUGACACCACAUGCCGAAUUGCCAACACACUGAAAAAGUAUGGAAUCAAAAAAGGUGACAGAGUGGCCAUCUACAUGCCUGUUUCACCUCUGGCGGUGGCAUCCAUGUUGGCUUGUGCAAGGAUCGGCGCUGUGCACACUGUUGUCUUUGCUGGUUUCAGUGCUGAAUCUUUGACUGGACGAAUUAAUGAUUCUAACUGCAAAGCUGUCAUCACUUUCAACCAAGGACUGAGGGGUGGACGAGUGACAGAGCUCAAGAAGACCGUGGAUGAAGCUGUCAAGAGCUGUCCGUCCAUUAAACAUGUCUUUGUUGCUCAGAGGACGGACAACAAAGUCCACAUGGGUAAUCUUGACAUACCUCUGGAAGAAGAAAUGUCCCGAGCAGAUCCAGUCUGCCCUCCAGAAGCUAUGGACAGUGAGGACAUGUUAUUUAUGCUGUACACAUCUGGCAGCACUGGAAAGCCAAAGGGAGUCGUACACACACAAGCUGGGUAUUUGCUAUAUGCUUCUUUAACACACAAGUACGUAUUUGAUUACAAACAAGGAGAUGUGUUUGGAUGUGUUGCUGACAUUGGCUGGAUUACUGGGCAUAGUUAUGUUGUCUACGGACCCCUCUGCAAUGGAGCCACCACGGUCCUGUUUGAGAGCACUCCAACAUAUCCAGAUCCAGGUCGCUAUUGGGAGACAGUGGAAAGGUUAAGGAUUAAUCAGUUUUAUGGCGCACCGACCGCAAUACGCCUGCUGCUCAGAUAUGGAGAUGAAUGGGUAAAGAAAUACGACAGGUCAUCUUUGAAAAUGUUGGGCUCAGUGGGUGAACCAAUAAACCAUGAAGCUUGGGAAUGGUUUUACCAUGUGGUUGGAGAAGGAAGGUGCGAUCUUGUGGAUACAUGGUGGCAAACAGAAACGGGAGGAAUCUGUAUUUCACCUCGUCCAUCAGAGCAUGAUGCGGAGAUCAUCCCAGCAAUGGCUAUGAGACCUUUCUUUGGGAUAAGACCUACGCUAUUAAAUGAAAAGGGCAAAGUUAUUGAAGGUGGGGAUGUCUCAGGCGCACUCUGUAUUGCCCAACCUUGGCCUGGUAUGGCCAGAACAAUAUACGGAGACCAUCAAAGAUUUAUUGAUGCAUAUUUCAAGACAUAUCCAGGUUAUUAUUUUACCGGUGAUGGAGCCUAUAGGUCAAAUGAAGGUCACUACCAGAUAACAGGUCGAUUGGAUGACGUUAUAAACAUCAGUGGGCACCGGCUUGGCACUGCAGAGAUUGAAGAUGCAUUGGAUGAACAUCCAGAUGUUCCAGAAACUGCUGUUAUUGGUUUCCCCCAUGACAUCAAAGGAGAAGCUGCAUUCGCUUUUGUUGUAUUAAAAGAUGAUGCUAAGGCCAGUGAACAAGCUAUAAAAGAGGAUCUGAAAGCUAUAGUUGCCACAAAAAUUGCAAAGUAUGCCAUACCUGAUCAUAUGCUGAUAGUGAAGCGACUUCCAAAAACACGUUCAGGAAAAAUCAUGAGGCGCGUGCUAAGGAAAAUUGCCAGUGGCCACACAGAAGAUCUUGGAGACAUAACCACGCUGGAGGAUCCAAGCAUCAUUACAGAAAUACUGGAGAACUAUCAGAAGUACAAGACAGAUGAGGCUGCCAAAUAACUACCCAAUAACUGUUAACAAUGGAUAUAAGGCAAAACAUAGAUGAAUACCAUCAUAUUAAAGGACCGGUUAGAAAAUUCUAAUUCAGCUAGAAAAAAAAGUGUUGUGCCGAAUUCACAUUUCUGUCCCUAGAAAUAUAAAAUGUCCAUGUUAGACUGUUGUGCAGGUUUCGAUAAAACACGGCUGCAUGCUUCACUUUAAUGGAAGGGAUCUGCAAUAGCCACCACAUCCCAUGGACUGGUGUGGCACUGUUUCUCAAAUAAAAAUUAACCCUAUUUUUCUAACAGUGAACAACCCCAUUAUGGUUGUUAUACAUCUUAUUACUCUUAGUGAAUGCAUAAUCUGUUGUGAAAUGAAAUUAUCCACUGUUAUACUUGACAUUCAUUGAGCCAGUGCACCCUAUUUAUGCAUUUGGAACAUUUUAAUUUUAUACUGUGCCUACAGUAUACAUUAGGGAUAUGCACCAAGUGAAUUUCUUAAUGUAUACCUCCGAAAGAUGCUACUAAUGUACGUCUCUGAUUCACAAUAUAGUAGAAUAUGUCUCUGCAUUUCCAUACAGUACAAUAUGUCACCCAUAGGCUCCCAUAUUAAAAAUCAUGUACUGCAAAGUUUCUUUGCCUUUGUAUAAUUGGCAAAGCAGUCUGUUUGGUUCUCUACAGCAGAAUAAUGAGGUAUACAUAUACCAGUGUGACAUUGGCAACAUGAACCUUACUCUCCAUUGAUGGAUGUGCUGAGAGCAAUGUGAAUGUAGCCUUAAAGAGACACAGAGCCAAAUGUUCUCUGGUAAGACUCUGAUCAGCUAGUGACAGGCUAGUAGAAAGGAUGUACAUACUGUGAGACAAAAAAGUAUUUAGUCAGCCACCAAUUGUGCAAGUUCCCCCACUUAAAAAGAUGAGAGGCCUGUAAUUUUCAUCAUAGGUAUACCUCAACUAUGAGAGACAUAAUAAGAAAAAAAAUCCAUAAAAUCACCUUGUCUGAUUUUUAAAGAAUUUAUUUGCAAAUUAUGGUAGAAAAUAAGUAUUUGGUCAAUAACAAAACUUCCUCUCAAUACUUUGUUAUAUACCCUUUGUUGGCAAUGACAGAGGUCAAAUGUUUUCUGUAAGUCUUUACAGACUUAUUUUGGCCCAUUCCUCCAUGCAGAUCUCCUCUAGAGCAGUGAUGUUUUAGGGCUGUCGCUGGGCAACACAGACUUUCAACUCCCUCUAAAGAUUUUAUAUGGAGUUGAGAUCUGGAGACUGGCUAGACCACUCCAGGACCUUGAAAUGAUUCUAACAAAGCCCCUCCUUUGUUGCCCAGGCGGUGUGUUUGGGAUCAUUGUCAUGCUGAAAGACCCAGCCACCUUUCAUUUCCAAUGCCCUUGCCAAUGGAAGGAGGUUUUCACUCAAAAUCUCACAACACAUGGCCCCAUUCAUUCUUUCCUUUACAUGGAUCAGUCGUCCUGGUCCCUUGGCUGAAAAACAGCCCCAAAGCAUGAUGUUUCCACCCCUAUGCUUCACACUAGGUAUGGUGUUCUUUUAAUGCAAGUCAGCAUUUUUUCUCCUCCAAACACAAAUAGUUGAGUUUUUACCAAAAAGUUCUACUUUGGUUUCAUCUGACCAUAUGACAUUCUCCCAGUCCUCUUCUGGAUCAUCCAAAUGCUCUCUAGCAAACUUCAGACGGGUCCGGACAUGUACUGGCUUAAGUAGGGGGACAUGUCUGGCACUGCAUGAUUUGAGUCCCUGGCGGCGUAGUGUGUUACUGAUUGUGGACUUUAAUACUUUGGUCCCAGCUCUCUGCAGGUCAUUCACUAGGUUCUGAUUUUUGCUCACCAUUCUUGUCAUCAUUUUGACACCACAGGGUGAGAUCUUGCAUGGAGCCCCAGAUCAAGGGAGAUUAUCAGUGGUCUUGUAUGUCUUCCAUUUUCUAAGAAUUGCUCCUAAGCUGAUUUCUUCACACCAAGCUGCUUGCUUACUGCAGAUUAAGUCUUCCUAGCCUGGUGCAGGUCUACAAUUUUGUUUCUGGUGUCAUUCGACAGCUCUUUGGUGUUGGCCAUAGCAGAGUUUGGAGUGUGACUGUUUGAGGUUGUGGUCAGGUGACUUUUAUACUGAUAACAAUUUCAAACAGGGUCCAUUAAUGCAGGAAACGAGUGGAGAACAGAGGAGACUGUUAAAGAAGAAGUUACAGGUCUGUGAGAGCCAGAAAUCUUGCUUGUUUGUAGGUGACCAAAUACUUAUUUUCCACCACAAUUUGCAAAUAAAUUCUUUAAAAAUCAGACAAUGUGAUUUUAUGGAUUUUUUUUCUCAUUAUGUCUCUCAUAGUUGAGGUUUACCUAGCACAAUUGGUGGCUGACUAAAUACCUUUUUGCCCCACUGUACCAUGAAGAAGUGGAUAAAAUGGCUAUUAUAGGGUGCAUGAAGGAAGAUGGCCCAUACCAUGUUGCCCCAUCUUUGUUUUCUAUGGUUCUGUGAACUUGCACAAAAUUACUCUUCUCAUUACCAAAUAAGGGAAGGGUGAUGCACCUCAAGGACCACAAGUCCCUCCUAUUCCACAAGAUAUAGUUAGUAGGGUCAAAAAACACCAGAUUGUCCAAAGAAUGUGGUGACAUGAACCAGCACCAAGAGCAGACCUGGUUAUAUUCUUGUGGUGGGCGCUACUGUCUUCUAUGAGAGACUAAAAUAAACAAAGUGGAGAGCCCCUGUGUACAGAGUCUCAUUGUAAAGCUAGGUGGAUAGGGAAACGCAUUCACCUGGAAGUGUUCCAUCUAGCACAUACCUGGGCAAUGGUUUGUUCCAAGUGCUUCCAUGUGUUUAAGUACAUUCAUACUAUGAAGACGUCUAGGAGCCACAACCAUAUAAGGUUAAAAAAAAAAUUCUAUUAGAAAGAUUCUAUAAUGCAAAAUAUCCUGACUACUUUUUGUCUUCUAUGUUUGUCUCUGGCUAGUAGGAUACCCAAACUUUUACCAGUCCAGUACAGUGCAACUAAUGACAUAUAAGACAUCAAUAAGUAUACAAUGGAGACUACUACAUCGACAAUCACUGUAAGCAUAAUGACCAUGCUCUGACACUCGGGACUGGGUGUUUUUUCCUGCAGGACUGACCAUAGACAUGUGUUUCUAUUGGAAAAUAUGGGAAUCAUUAAAAUAACAUAUUACUUCUAUGCCUUUGUUCAAUUUGUGAAAAGGCUGCAGAAAGUACAGGUCCAUGGUUUCACUGUUCAAUGUGUGAAUAAUUUAUUGGAAUUUCACAUGUGACGAUAUCACCCUUGCUUAAAGCGGUUAUCCAACAUUAGAAAAACAGCAAAUUUUUCAGAAAACUGCACCACAUUAGACUGCAGGCUGGGUGUGGUAUUGCAGCUCAUUUGCAUUGAAGUGAAUAGAGCCAAGUUGUAAUAACAGACAGGCGUGGUGCUGUUAAUGGAACAAAUAAACUCUGUUUUCCUAUUGCUGGAUAAAAAUGUGAGAUCACAUUUAAUGUCUUAUGGUAGCUAUUCACUUUUUACAUUUAAAAUGGUUUCAUAAUGAAUUUAUUUUUGUUUUUAUGAUGCACAGAGCAAUUAUCAUACCCCCAUGUGCAUUGUUGAAAGUAUUUUUAAAAAUGUUGGUAAUUCUCUCAAAAAUUUGAGAUGUUUUUAGGGGCCAAGUUCAAAGAGGAUUUAUACCAAAAAUGUAAAAUGACCAUAAAGUAGUUUAUCAAAAAGCAAUAGGAAAGUUCAGUCAGUGUUUAAAGAGAAACUGACAGCCUGUUCAACCACAGUAAACCGAAUAUAGUAGGUCAUAGUGUGUGUGUGAAUAGCUGUAAAAUGAGGGAUUCUAAC